AUGACAGACAACAAGACAGAGGUUCCUAUACUGUGUGAUCUGGACGCACCAGGUGAUGAACUCAUGCGUCUGGCCCAGGUGCGUGUACUGCCAGGUUUCUUCCUGGCUGUGUUCAUUUUGGGCCUGCCCCUUAACCUGCUUUCACUCUGGAUCCCCUGCAGACACCUGGGCCGACGGAACCGAAGUGCCAUCUUUCUCCUUAACCUGGCCAUAGCUGACACUUGUUGGCUAUUGGCUCUCCCUUCCCUCAUCCAGUAUCACCUCUCUGGGCUCAACUGGUCUCUGGGUCUUAUUCUGUGUCGGACGGUUCGUUUUCUCUAUCAUUGCUACUUCUACGUCAGCAUUGCCUUCGUGACCUGCGUCAGUUUUGACCGUUACCUCGUAAUCGUGCACCCUCUCCACUCGGCUACCCUCCUCACCCACCGUCACUCCAGCCUCCUGUGUCUCGUCAUUUGGCUUUUCUCCCUGGUGCAGAGCCUGCCUAGUUUCUUUUUAUCGGUAACACAACACUGUCAUCAGAACAACCGGACUUUGUGCGCAAUUUACGUAUUUUUGCCAGAAUGGCGCUGGAGUUUGGCCUAUUCUGUCGCUGCCACCUGUGUAAGCUUCCUCCUCCCUUUCGGCGCAAUAACCUACUGCUGUUUGCGGAGCGCCGCCGAGCUGCGCCGUAGACGGGGCCUUCGGCCUCGCCUGCGACGCCUCACCCGUGUGCUUAGCGCCAUCAUGUUGUUUUUCGGGCUCAUGUACUUGCCGUACCAUCUGAGCCGGAAUUGGGCAAUAUUGAUGCGAGCUCUAUUUCCACAAACGCGGUCGUCAUGGCAGUUGGCAGACGCGAUCUUCACUCUGGACAUGGCUGUGUGCAGUCUGAGCUCUUGCAUUAACCCGUUAUUUAGCUGCUGCAUCGGACCGCAUUUCAAAAGGGAGUUCCAGGACGCGGUCGCCGGGAUUUUGGAGCAGUGCCGCAAGGGAACGAGGAAUACAGUGAUGCCCUUUAGGGAGAGGGAUAAACACGAGGAGACCAGCGGUAACUCCAAUGAGUGUCGGACAUGUGACCAGAUUCAGGCAUCUUAA